ACAACAAACAUUUUCUUGAAAAAAGAAUGUUUUCCCGCGAAACCUCCAGCUUUACGAUGUGAAAAUUCGGAGCAAAACCCCAAUUCAUUUUAUAUCGCCCAUUGUCUCCUUGACCCUUUCUCCCUCUCCCUCUCUCUGAAAUUUUCAACCUCUGCUUCUCUUGCAAUAGCUAAUGUGGCAUCCAUUAAGAGUUUCUGCAAUCAUUUGUGAUCUGUAAUUCCUUUUUCUUUAAGGAAUAGUGGUCAAGUUUUGAUUUUGAACAUUAGGCUUGUCCAAAAAACCCAAACCCAACUGCCAUCAAAGUCAAACAAAGAGAGAGAAAGAGAGAGAGAGAAAUCCAAGUCAAUGAUCAAAGGUGUAUGUCAUGAGGGAAAAAUCAAAUGACUGGAUAAUUCCUACACGUGCUUGACAAAAGUAGCUGCCCCUGAACGCCUGCAUUAUCAGAGGGCAGUUGCUGCUAUUUCAGACAGCAGGCCUGGUUCAGUUCUCUUCUUGGAUCUCACGAGAUUAAGGUUGUUGUAACAGAAUGAGAAACGGCAGAAAACGGAGAAUAAAUUUCAGCAGGAUCUACACAUUCAAAUGUGCAAAAAGACCAUCAGCAGAAGAAGAUCUCUCACAGUCACAGAUUGGGAGGCCUGGCUUCUCAAGGGUGGUUUACUGCAACGAGCCGGAUGGUUUGGACGCCGGCCUUAGGACAUAUGCCACUAAUUAUGUUAGGACAACUAAGUACACUCCUGCAACUUUCUUGCCCAAGGCUUUGUUUGAGCAGUUUAGGAGAGUGGCUAACUUCUAUUUUCUUGUCACUGGUAUCUUGAGUUUUACCCCUCUUGCGCCCUAUACCGCGGUCAGUGCUAUAGUUCCCUUGAUUAUAGUUAUUGGAGCAACCAUGGUUAAGGAAGGUAUUGAGGAUUGGCGGCGGAAUCAACAGGAUGUUGAGGUGAACAACAGAAAGGUGAAGGUACAUGAAGGUGAUGGGAAGUUUAAGUCAACGCCAUGGAAAGAUCUGAAAGUCGGGCAUAUAGUUAAGGUGGAGAAGGAUGAAUUCUUUCCUGCAGACUUAGUUUUGCUUUCAUCAAGUUAUGAAGAUGCUAUCUGCUACGUUGAGACCAUGAACCUUGACGGGGAGACAAAUUUGAAGAUCAAACAAGCAUUGGAAGCAACUUCAUCACUAAAUGACGAGGAGUUCAAAGAUUUCAAGGCUGUUAUCAAAUGUGAGGAUCCUAAUGCUAAUUUGUACAGUUUUGUUGGAAGUAUGGAGUUAGAAGGAGCUCAACUCCCUCUUUCGCCUCAACAGUUGCUACUUAGAGACUCAAAACUCCGUAACACAGAAUACAUAUACGGAGCUGUUAUCUUCACAGGCCACGACACGAAGGUUAUCCAGAAUUCAACACCUCCUCCUUCCAAGAGAAGCAAUAUAGAGAAGAAGAUGGAUAAGAUUGUUUACCUUUUGUUUGGUGUUUUGUUCACCAUCUCCGCAAUUGGAUCAAUCUACUUCGGGAUUAAGACUAAAGACGACUUGGAUGGCGGAGUCAAAAGGUGGUAUCUCAGACCAGAUAAUGCUGACAUAUUUUUUGAUCCAGAUAGGGCACCAGCCGCUGCCAUAUAUCACUUUUUGACAGCCUUGUUACUGUACAGCUACUUGAUUCCGAUUUCUUUGUAUGUGUCAAUAGAAGUAGUUAAGGUGCUUCAGAGCAUAUUUAUAAAUCAAGAUGUUAGUAUGUACUAUGAAGAAACUGACAAACCAGCCUAUGCCCGUACCUCAAAUCUGAAUGAGGAGCUAGGGCAAGUUGAUACUAUACUUUCAGACAAGACAGGGACGCUAACUUGUAAUUCGAUGGAGUUUAUCAAGUGCUCAAUUGCUGGUACUGCAUAUGGACAUGGUAUAACAGAAGUGGAAAGGGAUAUGGCCAAACGAACAGGGUCUCCAUUUAUGGUGAAAGGAAAGGAUGUUGGCAGCCCAAGAAGAUCUUCGGUUAAGGGAUUCAAUUUUGACGAUGAUAGAAUCAUGAACGGGAAUUGGUUGAACGAGCCCCAUUCGGAUGUCAUCCUUAAAUUCUUCCGCUUGCUGGCAGUCUGCCAUACAGCUCUACCCGACGUUGAUGAAAACACAGGGAAAGUCACAUAUGAAGCUGAGUCACCAGAUGAGGCUGCCUUUGUCAUUGCAGCUAGGAAAAUCGGCUUUGAAUUCUUCAAAAGAACACAAACAAGCGUUCAUGUGAAGGAGUGGGACCCCGUCUCUGGAGAAAGAGUUGAAUGGUCAUACAAGUUGUUAAAUGUUCUAGAAUUUGACAGUUCAAGAAAGCGAAUGUCUGUGAUAGUAAGGAAUGAGGAGGGAAAGCUACUAUUGUUUUGCAAAGGUGCUGAUAGUGUCAUGUUUGAGAGGCUUGCUGAAAAUGGAAGAGAAUAUGAAAAGGAAACCAGGGAACACGUGAAUGAGUAUGCUGAUACAGGCUUGAGGACCCUAAUACUUGCUUAUCGGGAACUCAGCGAAGAAGAAUACACACUGUUCAAUGAAAAAUUCACCGAAGCCAAGAAUGCAGUCAGCGCCAAUCGUCAGGAACUGAUUGAUCAAGUGACUGAAGAAAUCGAGAAAGAUAUGAUUCUUCUUGGUGCAACAGCCGUAGAGGACAAGCUUCAACAAGGGGUACCUGAGUGUAUCGACAAACUCGCGCAGGCCGGGAUCAAAAUAUGGGUUUUGACUGGGGAUAAGAUGGAAACUGCUAUCAACAUUGGGUAUGCUUGUAGCUUGCUCAGAGAAGGAAUGAAGCAUAUUCUUGUUAGCUUGGAUACAGAAGAGAUCACAACGUUGGAGAAAACAGGAGAUAAGAAUGUGAUUGCCAAGGCUUCGAAGCAAAGUGUUCUCCAGCAGAUCACUGUGGGGAAGAGUCAGGUGGCUAACUCGGGAUCGGAGGCUUUCGCAUUGAUCAUUGAUGGGAAAUCUCUUGCAUAUGCAUUAGAUGACAGUGUCAAGAAUUUGUUUCUUGGCCUUGCAAUCAGCUGUGCAUCUGUAAUAUGUUGCCGCUCUUCUCCUAAGCAGAAGGCUUUGGUAACAAGACUUGUUAAGGAUGGAAUACAUAAGACUACUCUGGCGAUUGGCGAUGGAGCUAAUGACGUUGGAAUGCUGCAAGAAGCGGAUAUUGGGAUCGGAAUAAGUGGUGUUGAAGGAAUGCAGGCAGUCAUGUCGAGUGAUAUUGCAAUUGCUCAGUUCCGAUUUUUGGAACGUCUGCUUUUGGUGCAUGGACAUUGGUGUUACAGAAGGAUCUCUUCAAUGAUUUGCUACUUUUUCUACAAGAAUAUCACUUUUGGUAUCACUCUCUUCCUAUACGAGGCUCACUCGUCUUUCUCUGGGCAAACCGCGUAUAACGAUUGGUUUCUGUCCCUUUACAACGUGUUCUUCACCUCAUUACCCGUUAUUGCAAUGGGGGUCUUCGACCAGGACGUUUCUGCUAGACUAUGCCUAAAGUUUCCCUUGCUCUACCAAGAAGGUGUGCAGAACUCCCUCUUCAGCUGGCGCCGCAUUAUUGGUUGGAUGCUCAAUGGUGUUUCCAGCGCCGUUAUCAUCUACUACUUCUGCUCAAGGUCACUGAACCCUCAGGGAUUCAACAAAAACGGAAAGAUUGUCGAUCACCAGAUUCUUGGAGCGGUAAUGUAUACGUGCGUUGUGUGGGUCGUCAACUGUCAGAUGGCUCUUGCCAUUAGUUACUUCACCUUAAUCCAGCAUAUAUUCAUCUGGGGUGGAAUUGCUCUGUGGUAUAUUUUCCUUUUAGCGUAUGGAGCUAUGCCCUCGAAUAUCUCCACAACCGCGUAUAAGGUGUUUGUGGAGUCUCUGGCCCCGACACCUGCGUUCUACGUGGUAACGAUCUACGUUAUCGUCUCAGCUCUCCUGCCUUACUUUGUGUACAAAGCUGUUCAGAUGAGGUUCUUCCCAAUGUACCAUGGAAUGAUACAGUGGAUUAGGUACGAGGGCCGAGCUGAUGAUCCGGAAUUCUGUGACAUGGUGAGGCAGAGAUCGAUAAGACACACGACUGUGGGCUUCACUGCUCGUUCCCUGGCACGGACGAAUCCAUUGCAUGACAGGAGCCGUAAUCAUCGAUAGCACGUGGUUGUUAUGUGUGUUCGGAGCCCUGCUCGUUGUACAAUGAUGCUUCGAUUUUCUCGUUGUGAACUUAGUACCGCAAGGUCUGUACAGUUUAUUUGUGCAGUUUGUAAGUAACACAGAUUCAACCAAUUUUGUAAUCUUUAUCAGUCGAUGUAGUUGAAGUAGAUAUGUGAGGAAAUCAUUCUAUUAUAUCAAGAUUUUGCUUAAA